AUGUAUUGGUCAUUGGCUCUCCGUAUAUUCGCUUUGCUCGUAUGCGCCCUUCUUGUUACCGCGGCAGACUACUACAAGGUCCUGGACGUGGACAGGUCUGCCAAUGAACGGGAUAUCAAGAGGCAGUACAAGAAACUGAGCCGCAAGUACCAUCCGGACAAGAACAAGGACCCAGAUGCGGAGGAAAGAUUUGUGGAAAUCGCGCGUGCCUACGAGGUUCUAUCUGACCCCGAGAAACGUCAAAUAUAUGAUAGACAUGGCGAGGAUGGCCUGAAAGCGCAUGAAGGCGGCCAACCUUUCCACGCCAAUCCGUUCGACAUGUUCUCCAAUUUCUUCGGCGGCGAACAACAUCAGCAGGUUCGCCGUGGACCCACCUCUGUAAGCGAAUUCGAAGUACUGCUCGAAAAUAUGUAUACCGGAGCCACCAUCGACUUCCGGAUACGCAAGAAGGUGCUCUGCGACCACUGCCGCGGCACCGGAGCCGCCUCGACGCACGACAUCCACACUUGCUCUGGCUGCGGCGGCUCGGGGGUCAAAAUCGUCAAGCAGCAGAUCUUCCCCGGCAUGUUCGCGCAGUCGCAGCAGACGUGCGACCAGUGCGGCGGGCGGGGGAAGGUCAUCGCGAAGCAGUGCGAUCACUGCAAGGGCCAGAAGGUGCUCGACCAGGUCAUGGGCCUCGAGCUCGAGGUGCUGAAAGGCAUGCCGGAGGGGUACGAGGUCGUGUUCGAGGGCGAGGGAGACGAGAGCCCGGAUUGGGAGCCGGGAGAUGUGGUGUUGCGCGUGAGGAGCAAGAAGGAGAAGGGCGGGUGGAGGAGGAAAGAGAGCAGCUUGUAUUGGAAGGAGACGAUCGGCGUGGACGAGGCGUUGCUCGGGUUUGAGCGCAACUUGACACAUUUGGACGGACACGUCGUGACGCUGAAGAGGGAUGCUGUAACGCAACCUGGUUUUGUACAGGUCAUCAAGGGCGAGGGUAUGCCCGUUUUCGGAGAAUCGCACCACGGCGACCUUUUCGUGGAAUACAACGUCGUGCUGCCUACACAGAUAUCUCCCGAUCUGAAGAAAAGUACGUCUCUCAUGUCACUCUGGGUCUGCUCUUAA